UAUGGCAAGAAGAAAAUCAAAUACAUCGAUUAUGAAAAGCAGCACCUGUACUUCUACAUGGUUGGGCUGCCCCUCCUCAUGCCUGUAUAUUUUAACCUGCAAUCCAUGCAAGUGAUGUACCUUCGAAGGUAUUGGGGGGACAUUGCCUGGGUCAGCAGCUUUUACAUCCGAUAUUUUAUCACAUUUGGCCCUUUCUAUGGAAUCUUUGGAACUGUGCUGCUCAUAUAUUUGGUCAAGUUUCUUGAAAGUCCCUGGAUUGCAUAUGUUACCCAGAUGAGCCACAUACCAAUGAAAAUGAGCACAGAGGAGAACCGGGACUGGCUCAGCACUCAGGUCUUGGCCACCUGUAAUAUUGAACAGUCCUUUUUCAAUGACUGGUUCACUGGGCACCUGAACUUCCAAAUUGAGCACCAUCUAUUCCCCACAAUGCCGCGCCAUAAUUAUCACAAGGUGGCACCUCUGGUGAGGUCACUGUGCACCAAGCACGGAUUGCAGUAUGUGAAUAAGCCCAUGUUGAAGGCGUUUGGAGAUAUCGUCAGGGCCUUGAAGAAAUCUGCAGCCCUCUGGAUGGAUGCUUACUACGAAAUAUGA